UACAUAACCUGACAUCUGACAUCUCAGUUCAACCUUAAAGUCAAGCUACUUCGCAUAGAAGGGAAAGUUCCCUGGAACUUAGAAGCAUUAGAACGAAAUCCUAAGACAAGCAACCUCAAUCCUCAAAAGAUCGAAAGAGGUAGUGAGAAAUGGCUUCUUGUCGUUUCACUGUCUUUGCACUAGUCGUCUUGUCCACAUACUCCCUUGCACAGUUUGGAGCAUCAAGAAAACUCAAAUCAUCGCCGUUUGAGUCAGCACUUGACAUCCUGCAGAAUCAAAUCGGCUAUACUUUCAAGAACAUUGGUUAUCUUCGCCGAGCAAUGACACACUCGUCAUUCUCUCAGGAGAACAAUAAGGCAUUGAGCAUUCUGGGAUCAAAUGUGAUCGACACAUCUGUCUCUAUGUAUUACCUUGGAAAGGACAUUGAAAUCUCCUCGAAAGACCUUAACCGCUGGAUAUCAGAAAACGCUAAAGUGGACACUUCGUGUGCUGUUGAUGGGAUGAGACUGGGGUUGCAUAGGGUAGUUAGAGUUUCUCCCAAGACUAAUUCAACUGCUCCCACAGUGGUUUGCAGUGCUUUCAGGGCGAUAUUUGGGGCUAUUGCUAUUGAUACCAGGAAGGUCGAUGAUGCUGGCUCUGUGUUUUGGAAUGUUCACUGUAGUGAGGUUGGAAGAGUAAUGGAUAUGUGAGUGAGCAUUCUGUUUUCCCUGAUAUUAGAACAUGUGUGCUAAGUUGUAGCAUUUGUCCAGGUAGGGGAUUCGCAUUAGUGCAAGAACUAUUAGUGAGUUGCUUAUGGUCUUCCAUAUAUGUUUGACUAUUAGUAUAGUUAUGUAACUAAGAUUUGGGUGCCAUGAUUCUGAAUUUGGUAAUAUAUAUGUACUCAGAAUGCCCUGUUAUUUA